UACUUCCGUUUUCCCAUCAUGCCAUUUCAGAAAGAUGGUAGCUUACAGCUUUCAUACUAACAUCGGUGUCUGUGCUGUGAACUAGCUGAUUUUUCUCACUUGUUAGUUUACUAGUACCAAUUUAACUGGUGUUAAAUUGAGUUCCCAACAAUGCCGAAAUAUUACGAAGACAAAGAGGAGGAUAACAGAGCAUGCGCGGGCAUCAGAGAAGACUUUAAGGCAUGUCUCCUUCAGCACGACUGUGUUGUUAAGGAGGGAAAGAAACCCAGUGAGUGUCUAAAGGAAGGCCACUGCAAAGCCCUGCAGACAUCCUUCUUUGAGUGCAAGAGGUCAAUGCUGGACGCGAGGUCGAGAUUCAGAGGAAGGAAAGGAGAAUGAGGAACCAGGCGAAAUCUGAUGCAUCUUUUUAAGGUUCAAGCAGCUCCGAGUACGUGCAUUGAUGUCCAGGGAAUGUUCCAGCAUUACAAAUACCUGCUGUGGACAUGUGUCGAGAAAGUUGGUGACGCACUGAAAACAGGAUUACCGACUAAUCAAGCUAAGUGCAGGACGGGGAAAAAACCUGUACAACUCUUCUGAUCGAUGGGAGUUUUUAUUUCUUGGGAGAAAAAUGUUGGAUGAGUGUGUGUUUAAGAAAAUGCAAACACUUGUAAUAAACUAAUGAUUACAAUG